AUGGCUGUGGUGUUGCGAAUAAACGAUGGCGGUCUAGAUGAUUUGGCUGAAUAUACUAGACAAUGGAUGUUUGACACGUUAAAAGAGCUCAAGAUGGACAACUUUAGUCAUCGUUUCGAAAGGGGACUGGCUUCUGGAGAGCUGAUAUUGUCAAACUUGUCUAUUACAGAGUUUGCGCCACCUUUAAUCAAAUAUCGACCGCAUAGUAACUCAUUGUUAUAUGUUACGACUGUUGGGGGAGAUGCAGAAGUGAGUGUCAUUUUUGCAGGGUUUUGGAGUUCUCUUUGAAUUGAUACCGAUUAUCCUAAAUAUAGUUGUGAUUAUGUCGGUUAAAAAAUUGUAUUUUUAAACUAAAAUUGCCUAAAUUACAUACUUUGAAAUACUAAAACACAAAAAUAACUUCCAGAUUCACGCUGACUGGUUCAUCAAUUCCAACGUUCUGGCAGCGCUUGGCAUUCCGUUACAUGGCACAGCUACGGGUAAAAUCACUGGAUUUAGGUCUAGUGUUGCUGUCAAUGUAAGUGCGAUUACAGACGUGUAGUAGUUCGUUCAAAUAAUGUUGUGUCUCAAAGCUAAUUUUUGGAGCAAAGGGCUCAAAAUUAUUUGAACAAGCUAGUGACAGCGAGGUCUUUUGCCAAAAAAUUUAAUUAAUAAAUCAGCUUACAUUACAUAGCUUACUGCAAACUUCCAUGAUUAAAUUUGUGUUUAAAUUAUAAGUUUUAAUAUGUUUUAGGUAAUAAACUCGGUAGACUUGAUAGUCCAUCAGUGCGUCGCACGGUUUAACGAAUUUGACCUUCGACUUACAGGAAGUCUAGCAGCCGAAAUUUUACAUUGGUUUCGAAAUGUGAUUGGACGUAUAAUGCAAGCCAGAGUUGAACAGGUACUAUUUUAAAAAUUUUUUUUAUUUUAAAGUUACUAUUUUUUAGUAUUUGAUUAAAUAAGUACCAUUCAUAUAGGUUACCGAAGUAGAUUAGCAUUAGGUUGUUCAAAUAAUUCUGUGCUCCCCCUCAAAGCAAGUUUUUUCCGGGUCAGGGGGCGCUAAAUUAUUUGUACGAUCUAAUAUUUUUAAAAUUUUUAACUAAUUUUUAUUUUCUAGGCCUACUGUAAAAUCAUAUCGGAAAAGCUACUGAUAUGGCUCAAAACUCAACUCUUGAAAUUGCCUCACAGAAUCCAGAUGAAUUUGGGAGACGAUUUUCAAUGGAUUCAGACGUUGCACGCUAUUCGGCCUUCUGAAAGUUUCAUCGAUCUACAAAUGAAAAAUCAGUUCUUCAGCAAUGGGUUGCUGAUGGAAGCGGUGUCUGCCAUGCCUCCUGAGACCAGUAGCAACAUUAUGUAUCACGGUAAGAUAAUCUUUUUUAGUGUUUUAAAAAACGUGACUUUAUAUUUCUUUAAUUCUAAUAUUUGAUUUAUGGAAGUCAGCUAAAUUUUUUGUUAUGUAUAUUUAUUUUAUGACACACUUUUAAUUAUAAGUGUAAAACUAUAUAUAUAUUACAUAUUUUUGAUGGAAAACAUUUCCAGAAAUCCCACACACCCCACACGUCCUUGAAGUCUUUAUGGACGAAGCCCUUCUACAAGAAAUGCUAUCCACAGCCCAUUUCAGUGGAGAACUUGUGACAAACAUCUCAUCCCCAUUCCUUCGUACUGAUUGUGAUCUCCUAUGUUUAGGCAAAAUAGUACCAGAAUUGCGGCAUUCUCUGGGAAAAUCCGCACUCUACGCUGAAGUGUUUACAAACGAACCUCCAGUCGUAAAAUUAGUGACGAAUCGAGCCCUGAUCUAUAUGAACGUCACAUUUGGUUUGUAUCAGAAAGUAGAUGAGGUAUUGAAUGCAAUAGAUGUAUAUAAUGAUGCCGUUGUGGGAGUACAACCAAUCAAACAUCCCAAUCAAGAACCCGUUAUUCAAAUUGAGAUUGCUGGAGAAGCUGUAGUGCAGGCGGCGUUAAAUGAGAAGCAUCUGGACGUGGAUCUGAAUUUACAUCGGAGUAAAGGGCAAUUGGUCAGCACAAAGAUUGUCGGCAUUUCGCAGAAGGUAAUCCUUGUUUUUGAAAAAAAGUUUCAGGCACAUUUAUACAGAAAAUCGACAUAUUUUAGACUGUCGAUCUGAUAUUAUCCAUGUCGGUGCCUUUUCUGGAGAAUGCAGCUUCAAUGUUGCUUGGAAAUGGCAUCAACUUGAGUCAGGUAAAAUAUCAUUUUUUGUUAUUUAUAGUUUUCAAAAUAGUUUUAUAUUUAACUCUUCAUAUCCUGAGGAUAAAAUUUCAAAAAGUAUUAGAAAAAAAAAUUUUUUAAUUUCUUAAGAGUAGCAAUUUAGGUAAUAGACGUUCCAAGCCAAAACGAAUCGCUACACUUUGAAACCGGGUUUGUCCACUUCUUGGCAGAUAUGAACGUACGAAACCUUCUAUGA